GUCCUCUCCGUUCACUCUCCCCGUGCUCUCCGCGUUUUCCCAGUUUUCCUUUCGCAGAAGCCGGGGCGUAGCUGUAGCGGCACGUGUACAACAACUAGCAUUUUUGGCGCCUGUUUACUGUUCGGAUUUAUCGUGCAAAGUUGUCGCGAGACCAUCAACCGGGCCAAAUAUUCACCAUGGCUUACAUGACCCACUGCUGCUGCGGCUGUAUGACAGUCAGGACUGGCACCAAAGUGCUGGCCAUUCUCACUUUGAUUGGUUGUGCACUUGGUUUGGUGUCCUACUCAGCAGUCUGCGCAAACUUUGACCAAAUCUUGGAUGUCUACAAGCAAUACCCAGAGGCGUAUGACACCGUGAGGUCAAGCUAUGGACUGUUCGUGGCCUAUGCAGUCAUCAGUGCCAUUGGUCUUGUGGCAGCCGGCCUUUGCAUCAGGGGAGCAUACACUGACCAACGACACCUGCUGCUUCCCUAUUUGGUGUUCGAAGGACUGCUGACUGUUGUACAGGGCGUCGUCAUCAUCAUUGUCAUAGUUGCUAUUGUUGCCAGUGGUGUUCUUCAGCUCCUCUUGCUGCUCUGCAUACUCAUGCUGUCCCUCGCCUUACAGAUCUACUUCCUCAUGGUUGUGGUGUCAUUCUACAAGCAGUUGGCCUUUAUCAGCCAGAACCCAGGACAAGUGGGCAUGACCCCAGGUGCCAUACUGGUUCCCAGUGGUUAUGUUGCACAGCCAGGUUACCCUGCUGCCCCAUCACAGUACCCAUCACAGUACCCACCGCAGUACCCACCGCAGUACCCACCACAGUACCCACCGCCCGGACAAGAUCCUAAGAUGAACAUGGUGUAAAGGGCAACACUGAACAACGGCAGUGAUUACCGGUGUUGUAGUGCCAGCUGCAUAGUUAGCUGCUGCCAGACCGCGCAACCGCUUGCAGAUAUUUAUCUGCAGUGCAGAGCUUGUACCUGCUGCACAUUUCAUGUGCACUCUGGCUCGGUUUUGUUGCCAUUUGUUAACCUCUUUAAGAAUCUCGUUUUGACCACAUCGCAAAUUUAAGCAGGGAGUCUUCACUUGCUUCUAGUCGUUUAGAAGCUGUUGAUGAAAGUUUGAAUGAAAGACACGGCAAAAUAUGGGUGGGCAAGGAUUUCUUCGCAAAUCCCAGGGCCAGUUUCAAUAAUAUAACUGUAUUGUAAGGCUCAGUUUUCAGCAUCUGAAAUUUUUGUUUAGGGGAUAAGCUUACACCCGGUGAAAAAAAAAAUUGUGUGAAUGGGGCAUACGAACUUGCUCAUUACAUGUUUAAACUUCUUUAGUGCGCACAAAAGACAAGGACAAGAAAGAGACACCGCGCUCGUGUGUCUUUCUUGUCCUUGUCUUUUGUGCAGGCUAAAAAAGUUUAAAUGUAGAUACAUACCAACUUUCCCAGUUAUCAGUCUUAUUGCCAAUUAGAAAUAAUUAGAAGCUGGAUCCAUUCAAAUCUCCUGCAGUUGCUGUACCUUUGUUUCUUUCCUGUUACUAAGAGCCGUGCAACAGAGCCUGAAUUUCUCACUGUGUAGACUACAAGUGUGGGUUUACCCAUGACAAUGUAACCAUGGAGAAAGUUUACUUUAGCCCCUUAGUUUGAGGAGAUUACCUUACUUGCGACUCAUUCAGUCAUGUGCAGUGUUGCGUUGACUGAAAUACGAAUAUCCACUUUGUUUUUGCAUCAUUUUCCUGCAGUGUUCAUUUGCAGCAGCUGAGCUGCUCAUUUUCCCUUCUCCUGACACAUUUGACAUACCGCUAUGUCAAAACAUAGCGGAAUAUAUACCUUUCUCACGUUUCAUACUAUUAUUGAACAUUGAUUACACACAACUUUGCUAUGAUGUGCUUCCUUGUUUGUUAUUUUGAGUGCAGCAGGUGACAACUUGUAUGUCAUAAUUAUAGUUACGUGAAUCAAGUGUACUUACUUGUACUCUGACUCAGCACUUUUUCGUGCUUGUUCUGCACAGUUUUCUAGUCUUUCAAAGGAUUUUUGCAUUUCUUCUUUUUUGGUGUCACGAAUUUUAUAAGCAUUGGAAUAUAAUGCUCUAUUUACAUAAUUAACGUGCCUUGCUAUGUCCAGCUGACAGCAUAUUUGUAUUGCAGCGUAUUGAUGCCCUGUUAAAUGUUAACUGCCGUGCUUUUUCAGUAGCACUUGCUGCCAUGUAAAACUGUUGAAGCAUCAUACACGUUCUCUAUAUGAACUUGUAUCUUAGUUUGGGUAAAGGAAAUAGUUUGUUGCUUUGUUGGUCAUUGUUGUCAUGAAAGGUGUUCAUGUCACUAUUUUAUUUUUGUUUUGAAUUUUGCUCUCUGCAACCUUUAAGGUUCUUGUUUCGUACUUUUAUUUUUUUCAGUGGUGCAAACACCACAAACAGUUUUUGUUAAGCACAGAGUGUGCUUUGUUUGCAUUUAUUUGAUACAUUUAAUAAAAAGGAAGAAUGUUUCCAGAA